ACCAGAAAACUGACUAUAAAAUUAGGCCUCGAAGGUUGGCCUUUGUCAUCAUCGUCUUCAUGGCGUCGUUGAGUAGCAAAACACAUGGCAACAACCUGCGGAACGCAGUGGUUGCGCUUCUAGCUCCUCUUCCUUCCAUUUUCUUCUAUCUUUCCUUCCUCCGCCAUUACUCCACUGUAGAACCGGAUUCUCUUUCUCCUCUCUGGGCUUGGUGCUAUAGCCACCCUCUUCUGUUAGCCAACAUCCUCUUCUUCCUCAAUGUCAACCUUCUUUUCUGGCUUGUGGGUCUCCUCCAAUCCAGCCACUGGAUGAUAGAUUUGUAUUGGACGGUGAUACCCGUGCUGCUGGUUCAUUAUUUUGCAACUCACCCAUUAGCAGAAUACAACGCUUGGAGAUCAAGGCUUGUGAUAUUUUUGACGUGGGUUUGGAGCGUUAGGCUGACUCACAGUUACUUCCGCCGAGAAAAAUGGCAGUUUGGUGCCCGAGAAGACUGGAGAUUCAGCGAUAUGCGCCUACAGUAUGGCAAAAACUGGUGGUGGGCUUCACUCUUUGCCGUCUACCUUUCUCAGCAGGUUUUCCUGAUGGGAAUAUGCUUGCCUCUCUACGCUGUCCACUCAAAAGACAGGCAAUUGAACAUCUGGGAUUUAGUUGCUGCACUAGUCUGCUUGACUGGUGUUACUAUUGCAUAUUUCGCUGACACACAGCUCCACAAUUUUGUUAGUAGAAACGAAAAGCUGAAACAGCUCGGCCAAGCAUUAGUGCCGAAUCUUGAUGAAGGCUUAUGGCACUACUCACGACAUCCUAACUAUUUUGGUGAGCAGUUAUGGUGGUGGGGAUUGGUGAUCUUUGCUUGGAACUUGGAACACGGUUGGAUGUUUAUCGGUGCAUUGGUUAACAGCUUGUGCUUAGCCUAUGUCACUAUUCUUGUGGAGGAACGGAUGUUGAAACAGCAGUACAGGGCUGAAGCAUACAAGAACUACCAGAAAACAACAUCUGUGUGGGUACCUUGGUUCAAGACAUCCUUGGCUGGAAAAGAGAAGGAAACAUGAGCAAUAUUUGGCAUCUGUAAGUGUGAUUGGUAAACUCAUGUUCAUAAUUACUCACUUGCUUUUCAUGGUUGUUUAAUGUUGUGUUGUUAUUCUGGAAAUGGAAUUGAAAGAUGCUGUCAGUGAGAUGCAUUGUGUAAAAAGUUGAUAUUUGAGAGGAGUCCAAUAUCAGCAGAACAACUUUUGUUUAAGUGAAGCUAUUGAUGUAUUGCUUGCUGAUCUAA